AUGUUGAUCAAGACCGAACCUGCGGAGUAUGAUGCUUUGCCAGAGGCACGUGCUGAUGAAGACGGUCCAGCCGUAAGCGGCCCGGUGGCCGACGACAUAGACCCCAAUGUUGACCCUCCUCCCAAAAUUGAGUUGGAGGAUCUGGAAGAGGAAGAGUCCAACGACGAAGAGCCAAACGCGGCAGACGUGAAUAGUCCCCAGUGGAUGGAGGAUGAGAUGAGCCGUUUGAGGAACUACGUCCGCGACCUCCGGGACGUUCAGCAAGAGUUCAAGAAUGUUUGGCCCACCAGGGCCCAGGAAUGGCGGGAGACAGCAGCAAGCCUCAUUGACGCCGACCUCCCUGUUCUUCGUGUUGCAGUAUACGGAGCAUCUGGGAGUGGAAAGUCCACUCUCAUCAACUGCCUAAUCAAUCGCAAUCUGCUACCGGCGGACGGAGAAGGGCAUGCGGUCACGUCGUUUGUGUCAAAAGUGGUCUACAGCAGCAGCGAGAUUCCCACGGGACGGGUGGAAUUCAUCAAGUUAGAAGAUUGGAUCGCUGAGAUUGAAGCCUUCGUGGCGGCGUUGCCGGAACUUGGGGUGGAGGGAACUAAGUUAGAGGAUAAGCGGACUUGGAACAAGCUUGAAGCUGUGUAUCCCGGCGUCGAAGACAUGUUCAGCGAUGGGACGACCGUGGACGAUAUACUCGCGCUGGACCAAGGGCUACGGCGCUGUUUAGGCGCCACGGUCCGCUUCUCAGGGGAAGAUGCAGACGCGCUCAGCCUUGCACUACGUACAGAAGUCAGGCGGCUUAGUCAUCCGGACCUGGAUCCGAUGGACAUUGACGGACCGGAGCCUGAUUUCUGGCCCUUGGUGCAAUUGGCUGUGUAUGGCUGCGAUAGCGAUAUCCUUUUGGAGCUCGAGUUGACUGAUUUUCCUGGAACUGGGGACGUCAAUGCCGCUCGAAGUCAGAUGGCGCUGGAUUAUCUUGCUCACGCGGACCAUAUCCUUAUAACUUCUUUGGCUUCACGUGCCUGCGAUAACGACGCCUACUCUGGACUCUUCAAUAGCGCAAGUCCCGUGUCAACAGGCAUCAAGCAGAUCAUCACGACGCAAGGUGAUAAUGCUCUUCGGUACGCGAAGGCCCGUCAGGGCGACGACGAUGAGAUCAAGAAGGUCAAGGAUCUAUAUCGGGGCCUUCAAACACAGAUCGAUAGGCUUGACAGGGCCAUCAAGAAGGCGACAAAGGCAGAAUCCAGAUUGGUCAGCACCGAUACACGCAAACGGCGCCGUCCCUCCCCUCAUGGCGCCGAAUCGUCCUCCAAGAGGCGUCAUACGUCUGGCAGUUUCGACUUAGGACGUAGCAUGGAUACAGCAACAGGUGACGAUGCUGAAAGCCAUGAAGAGUACGUCGACGGUCUCCAAAAGCAGUUCAGAGAUCUUCUGGAGCAGCAGAUCCCAAUACGGCCAAUGAUACAUCGCUUGGCCGCUGUUGAAAGGCUCGAGAAUAUUGAACAAGUUUGGCCGCGACAGUUUGCUCAUGCGAUCUCUGCACUCACCGGCGAUGACCACGACAACCGUUCGCUCCCAGUCGCCAUUUGCACGAGUGUUGUGACAUAUCGGGUCAUCCAGCAUGACCCUGGAUGGGCACCAAUUCGUGGUCGUGAUGAAGCCGGCAUUGUCACUCUGCACAACCGUCUCCACGAGCUCGUUGUUCAACACAGACGCAAAGCCCUCCGACUAUACAUGGAGCGCGUGAGGUCGCAUACGCUUCACAUACGCUCCUUCCUCGACUCGACCAGCAUGUUCAGAGUAGGUCUUCCGAACGAAGAAGAGCGAUAUGACAUGUGCAUAGCGCGUUUGAAGAUCAAGCUGAGUAGUGCUUCACUGGAGGAGAGUAUCCUAGGUGAUCGUGGGAUCUGUACACAAGCAUACGCAGGAUUUGAGCACAUUGCGAAUCAGUUUGGUGUCGAGCUGACGGGGGCGUUUUUACAAGCGUUAGCUGACCGCAUACAUGAGGCUUCUGAUAAUGCGGCACACAGAUGUGAAGAGACGUACAGAACUUUGGGAGAUCUUCUACGAUGGAAUACUUUCUUAGCCGUUAUGCGCCGCGAUGGUGCGUUUCGUGGCGAUUGGAACAAGAGCUUUGUCGCCCCAAUCAGGGAUGACAUCGCGCUUCCAUGGGCGCAGGUCUUCGCGCAAGAGAACCCGACACGGCUCAAUUCGCGGAUCAGACGUGAACUUACCGACCAUGUAUCGGACGCUUUGCAGUCCGCCAGGAAAUUGGCGACACAAGAUGCCGAGAUGCGUGCGCUGAAGGUUGCAUGGAAGGUUAAGGAGUUUGCAAAGCGAGCAGAGGAUAACGCCAAACUUGCCAUACUAGCGGCUCUGGAGGCUGCGCAAACGGAGCUUAACGAGGGCCAGAAGGUUAUAACUCGCGAUAUGGCCGCCAAACUUAAGGCCGGGUUGCGCGACGCGUACGCAAGCUCUCGGACCACUCCUCGCGGAGAUGGGUUCAUGAAGCGGAUGAAAGGAUCUUUCCUCGAGCAACUUAACUUGCUCGCACCUGCUGCAUUUCCCAUGGUCGCAGACGGCACAAUGGCCGACCUCGAGCGUCUUGUCGCCAAGGUCACUUCUGAACUGCGCAUUGCGCUACGUGCGUGUGCUGCGAAGAUGGAGAGCGACGUUGCCAUACUCUGGACGGAGGUCCCAGUCGAGAAGAGCGAGAUCGUCAUGCGAAACCUCGCCUUUCAACACGUCACCAAUACUCUUCACCAUAUAGAUCGUUCCCCGUUACACGCGGAUUUCCUCACACCUACCCCUAGCGUAUCAGCUUCCUAA